AUGGACGACCCGAUGUCGAAUUCAUACCAACGACAUACGGACAACUUCUCUGUUGUCCGUAAGUCUACACCAGGGUCCUCUCACUCCUCUCCGCAAACCAUGAUUCCACCGCCUCAAAAUCCCUUUGCAAUAGCUCCUUCCGGACGCGCAUCUGGGUUAUCUGCUCCAUUGCCUCAAAUGGGAUCACGAUCACCUGGAGGAUACAAUCCUACUCUGUAUGGCCACUCGUAUGGGACGUCCUCGGCGUCGCCGAGCAAUGCCUCUGGUAGCGUACCAGAAGGACAUUCGAAUGAGCCUCCCAGCCUUGCAGCCCCUGGGAUUUCCCCAACGCAGAUUUCUCCGUCAAACUUGAGCGCACAGAAACGAGCAUACCGCCAGCGGAGGAAAGAUCCUAGUUGCGAUGCUUGCCGGGAGCGAAAGGUCAAGUGCGAUGCUACGGAAACUACGGCUUGUUCUGAAUGCUCUAGCCGAAACCACAAGUGCCAAUUUACUAAAGAGACGAAUCGGCGGAUGUCUUCGAUCAAGCAGGUACAGGACCUCCAGAGCCAACUUGCCGAGCUUAGACAAGAGAAUAGUCAUCUCCGAUCAAGAGUAUCAGAUCGUGACAUCAUGGAACUUGAUCGAGGCACGGCGAUUGUCAGGAGUGAUGAUGGCCGUGAUUCACCUCAAAAUAACUCACAAAGAGUUCGGCCGCCUACGCUGAACAACUUUGACUCUGUUCGAAGAAACGUUCGGAUACAUUCUCAAGGCAUUUUUGAGAUCCCUUUGCAGCAGCGACAGAGCAGUGCACCCACGAACACCGCGCCGACUGUCCCCGAGAUCCCAUCUCGAGCCGAUUUUGCUCGUCUUUCGCGUUCGUACCUUGACUCUGUACAUGAAUCAUACCCCGUUGUGCACUGGCCGACAUUUCAGCGCGAGGUGGACCAAGUUUACACCGCACGGAGUUUCCACGCAGUGUCACGAGAGUGGAUUGGCUUGCUCUUUGCAGUCAUGGCAUGCGGGACUCUCCAAACAGUACACAGCUUACCGGCAUCCCCAGGAGGGGAGAAGGGAGGCGUGGUGUAUUUUGAGACUUCAACCCACUACCUGACACCUUGGGCGCAGAGCUUAACGAUUAUACACACGCAAGCAGCUUUGCUCCUGAGCAUUUUCGCUACUGAGAGCAACAUGAGGCCGAAUGGGUCCAUGUGGUUGGCAUCUGCUGUCAGGACUGCUCAAGAGCUAGGCCUCAAUACGGAGUCGGAAGAAUUACCUAUUAUAGAGGGCGAGGUGCGAAGGAGGGUGUGGUGGUCCAUCUAUGCCUGGGACAGGGUUUCCUCUCUCAUAAAAAGCUGUCCUAUGCUUAUAAACGAGGAUGACUGUGACAUAUCAUUCCCUUCGUCUGUCGAGGAUCGUUAUAUCCAGGCUCAGGGGAUUGCUCGUCCCCCGCCAAACCAGACAACCUUUACCGGGUUUGUGGCGGUCAUUCAAGCCACGCGGAUGUUUUCCGAAAUCCACCAAGCACUAAAGUCUGGUGUCAUCACGCCUCCAAUUCUCCAAAGCUUCGAUAAAAAGUUCCGUACAAAACUAUCGGUAUUUCCUGAAUCCUAUCAAUUAGAGUCAGAUGCAUAUCUUGAACCGUCUGCUCUGUCUCCAAUACUAAUCGUACAGUUUGCUCGAUUCCAACUCUACCGACGAAAUAUUUCCCCAGUCUGUCGUCCAAACGAGAGGGCGGAUGCCCUGCGACGUUGCAGCUCGGUAGCCCAAGACACAGCCAAGUAUAUCUCUCGCACCUUAUCGAACAAGCCUGGAUGGCCUGAGAUCGAUGAUAAAUGGCACUCCCGGGUGGCUCAGAUUGCCUCGAAUGCGAUGUGCCUACACCUCUGGCGCUGCAUACUAGUAUCAUGCCUCCGGUCCGAAUAUGAAACGGCGUUGACGUGUCUUCUUGUGUCUUCGGCAAUUGGGGAGUCGCGCUCGAUCAAUAUUGCGUGCGGGAAAUAUAUCUCGUUCUUCCUGCACUGUCUCACAGGUCGGAUACGAAGUGGGAGCGGUGGCCACCACCAACUGGAGCACGACGAAGAGAUGCUCGCAUAUGUUAGCGGUGAUAUGCAAGGGCGCCUGGAACACUCUUGGGUAUGGGCGGGUAGCGAAUUUACCGAUAGCUCUACGUCUGCGCACACCUCACCUCAAAGCACUAUAUCACCACAGAGCGCCGGCGAGCCGAUGCAGGGUACUCACCUUCCGCUCCGACCAAACGCGGGAUCUCCCGAGAACGGAACGAGAGAAUGGGCCGGCUGGGGCACUAUUGAGCGAACUCUCCAUCAGCUCAUAGAAGAGCAUCGAGCUCGUCUUGCCCAGCCUUCUUCAUACUAUCCUCCUCCCCACAAUCCAGUCAAGCGUGUUCAGUUAGCGCCGGAUCCUCCCGCUUCUCCACCUAUAACGUCACCAGUGCCUCGAACGCCAUCAAGCACAAAUCGGAUUAGUAUCGCAAACAUCAUCUAG